CACUCUCGAUCGUAAUAAAAUAAGACCGACUAAGGUUUUAUCUAGUCAUUUAGUUGCUUUAAAUCAAUCUAAAAAGCAUGAAAUAUAUGUUAAUACAGAGUAUAAUUAUUCAGUAGAAACAACACAAUGGCACUUUACUCGAUCUAUACCACUAUCCAGGGCUCUUAUGUGGUUCUUCGGAACCACAUCAGGCUUUGGUAAAAAUGCUAAAAUAGAAAAAGUUAUGUUUGAUUGUGUUAUUGAGUAUAAGGAAAUAUUUCUUGGUGCAAGCACACCACUAGAUAAUGAAACAGAUAAUGAAUAUAAGUAUUUUGGAAAUGGAGAGGUGGUGUUUGACAAUUAUGAACAAGACCUAACACCUGAUAUAGUAAUAAUAAAUUAG